AUUGUUAUUUCUCGCAGGUUACACAGAUAGUCUUUCACCUGUGCGGUCUCUGCCCAGUAUGUCAACAGACAUCCACUUCCGCAUAGUCUGCACUUCCUGAGUUACCGCUAAAUGUGUCCCCGGAUUCAUCUAAAUGCUCACUCUGUUUGUCUUUAACUGCUUAACGCCAUGGUUUGUUGCCAUUUCUGAGAGGAGAACGUAACCGGUGAAGCCGAAUUAUGCACCACGUGUCAGAGAAGACAGGUAGCAGUCAUGUUUCGCAAAAAUAUACAUAUAUUUAUAUAUAUAUUUAUCGCGUGUGACAUCAUCGCCGUGGCCUCGUUCCUUAAAUAUCCCGCUGAAAAACAGUUUUUUUUUUUAAUGUUUGUUUCUUCGAUGAACGUAAUUUAACGUGUCAACAAAAAAGUGAGCAUUAGCUAUAUAUGUUGCAUUAUCUUUCUUCCAGGGUUUAUUGUGUGAGUUAAUUCUUGCUAUUAGCUUUGUUUUUUUGUGUUGCGCAGGACUGUUGCGGGACAGUAUUACGGUUGAACGUUUCACAAACGUCGCCCGUCGUGCCUCUCUUAUUCAAACAUGACACAGAACUCCGUUCUGAAUCCGUCAAAUUAAGACGACAUUCGCGUUUUUGUUCCCCCAGACGGACAUUGCCCUUGAAAUGGAAUUCAAGGACCGUGUCUGAAUCUACUCUACAAUUCGGCACGCAUGGCAUGCGUUGAACAAGACCCGUCGCGAGAGAUGUUUAGCUUUCGUAUUCGGUUCACUUGUCAUUUCGAUCAUUUUCUUCCAUUAAAGUAUAACGCUGCCCCUCUGCCCUUGUCCUGUCUGCGUCUCCUGGUCCCACCGCUCCGGCUGGUCUCUGCAGCUAUCUGGGAGACUGUCCAGCAGAAAGUUGUGGCCAAUUACGGGCUGCUGGACGACUUUGUGACAGCAGUCACUGAGAUCGUCCCAGAGCUUCUUAAUCCCAGACAGAGGUGUUUGCUGAGCCUUGGCCUCCGGGCUCAGCUGACACUGGAGUUGUGUCGCCCAGAGCAGACAAUAGACAUUAAGACCAUUCAGCCACACCUGGACAUAAUCACUUCACUGUGGAACUCAGAGAUAAGAGAUUCAGGAGAUGGGUCGACUGCACCGGGCCUCCUUGGGCUCAUUCACACCCUGCUUAAAGACCAGCAGGAGAGGCAGCACUUCUUCCAGGACGUUUUCCCGGUGAGAUUUGGAGACCAGUAUUCUGAAGAUAUACAGAUGUUUGUGGAGAUAUUCCUCUCGCAGCUUGACAAGUUACUUACUGUACCAAAUCAUAAACAGGUUGCCUGUAUGCUCAGCGACGUGCCUGCGGUUCUGUCUGAAUGUCUGCAGUCUUUCUGUCAAUCUCAGGAACUUAAGUCUCUCCUGGAAUAUCAAAAAGACCUCGCUCAGCUAAAUGAAAGUGAUAAUCAAACAGUUGGUGCCAGCAUUUGUUCAGCACUCUGUCUGCCACCUUUGACAACAGCCGUGACCGAACAAGAAGAAAGGCCACUAGAAGUAAAUGUGUUAACCGAUUACAUGGAAGCAUUCAACAAAGAACUGAUAGUGGAGACCACUACACUGAGAAAAAGUGCAGCUGACGUAAAGACGGAGAGCGACGGACCAGAGAGCAGAGAGACCGGAGGCUUGGAGAAUCAGUCCAUGGUUAGCGGUGGAGCAGGAGUAGAGGACGAGAUCUCCCGCUCUGUUCAACAUCUCAACUCUUUGGACGGGGAUAAGACGAGUGUAGACUCCUGUGCCGUUGAGAUCCAAGCAGGUUACAAUGUUGAAAUCCUUGCUGAGAAACCUGUUACCACAGAGAAUAAGCCCUCUGCUGAAGACUCCGUGGUCGAUAUUAGAGAGGACGAAAAGGUUCAGGCAUUGGUUAGAACUACAGAUGACAGUGAGCACAAUGUCAUGAGCCCUAGUGAGACAGAAAACUGCACGAAAGAAGAAACUUCCAGCAAAGUGCAAAACAACAUAUCUAAUGUAGUGCCGUCGCCUGUACUGUGUGCACCUGCUGUGGUCACAUCCCAGAGGCCUGUCAGAGAAUACCGAGGUCUAAAGGUGAAAAACAUUUCAACAACAACCAAAAAUGAGCUGCCAAAGAGAAAUCCUCGAGUCCCGUCAACCAGCAAGACUUGUCCCUUAUGCGGUAAGACGUACAGUCGCGCGUCAGAUAUGAGACGACAUCAGAGGACCCACACCGGAGAUCGGCCUUUCCGAUGCUCGCGGUGUGAGAAACGCUUUCAGUUCAAGCACGACCUUAAGGUGCACGAGUUAAAUGUAUGUCGAAUCGCUCUGCCACGGCCUCAGAACUCGCCCUCUGAAACGCACGAAGAAAAAGACGCUCAAGACCCAAAGCCAGGCGAAGUUCGCAGCCAACUCCGAACUCUGCCUACGGAAGUCGGGAUAAAUCUGAAACAAGUGGGGGCUCCUUCAGGAGAGGGAGUGCCUGUUCCCACCCAGCAAAAUACCAAAUCAUUCAGCAGCAAAGUCCAGUUAGGAGACAUGAAGGAGCAGAGUCAGGAACCUCCUCGGGGUAAUCAGAGAGGCAGGAAGUCAAAGGGUUUCAACUCGAGAAAUACACACAAACCCACCGAUACCUCACUGUAUUGUGUGGAAUGCAACAGGUCUUUCCCAGACAAGGCGAGACUUAAAAUGCAUAAUCUGAGACACAAGUCUCGUUCGUGCACUAAGUGCGGUGAGAAUUUCAAAGGUUUCAUAGACCUCAACCAGCAUUAUGUCGACGUGCACGACUUUAGAGGACCUUUUCCCUGCACCUCGUGUGAACGAACGUACACGGCUUUGAGAGGUCUGAUCAGGCACGAGAGGUUCCACACGGGCGAUCUCCCUUUCAAGUGCCCCAAGUGUCUGAAAGCGUUCGGUUACGCGUCCGCUCUGACGCUGCACGACCGGACUCACACAAAAGAGGCUCCGUUCCUCUGCUGGGAUUGCGGGAAAGGCAGCAGGUCCAACGCCGCUCUGAAGAGGCACAGGCUGUGUUGUCACGGCGGCACCACGGAGAAGCGCUUCUGCUGUGAGCACUGCGGACAAGCCUACGUGCUCAAGAGGAGCCUGGACCUCCACGUGGCGAAACUACACACCGGCGUGCGCUACCCUUGCUCCCGCUGCGGCAAACUGUUCCGAAGUGCGAGUUCGUUGACGAGACACGACCUGACCCACAAGGAGGAGCGGCCGUACUCGUGCGUCGAGUGCAGCAAGAGUUUCAGGUCGGUGUCGGAGCUGAAGAUACACACUCGCUACCACACCGGGGAGAGGCCGUUCAAAUGUCAAGAAUGUGGCAAGGGGUUUGUGCAGUCCUAUUACCUCACUGCACACAUGAGGAUGCACACGGGGGAAAAGCCGUACAAAUGCCCGACAUGUGACAAACGUUUUAAUAGCGGGGGUAUUCUGAAGAGACACCAAAUGAUACAUACGGGAGAGAAACCCCAUAAAUGUUCAGCCUGUGAAAUGGCAUUCAGUCGGCCAGAGCUUGUAAAAGCUCACGCAAAGAAGUUUCAUUAAAUCUAUUGAUUUUUUUUAAAACCCCAAAAAAGUGUUUUCUUUGAUUAGUAAUUCAAAUCUCUCACAGGAUCAAUAAAAUGUCUGUAAGUGAGCUCUAAUGUGCCUUUAAAUAAAUAGUGGUUAUUACUAUU